ACUCCUUAUCAGCUCUCAAUAGGGGUUCUUUUGAGAGGUGGCCCGAGAGUCAGCUUAUCGGCCAUUGCACUAUCAAAGUGGUCGUCUACUUUCUCAUGGCAACAUUUUUCAUUCAUGAGCGAAGGAUUCGAAGGAUACGAGCUUAGAAGGUUGACACAAAUCGGACAAGAAGUAGCGAAGGAGACUACUCAAGGUCAUCAGCGUCCCCCACCUAUUGAACGUCAUGAUGCAGUCGGAGACAAUCUCACAGGAGUCCUCAACUCAGUGAGUCCGGCUAACGAGCCAAUACCUCGACGACCUGCAGGAUGACAUGGAUGUGCUACAAGAUGUUGCUGGAUGUGGUAUUGCAGUACAACACAGCA